AUGGAAACCAGAGCUGCAAAGAAGAGAAGGCUGAUAGAGGAAGAAAACAAACGCAAUAUUGGAGGAGGCAGGGACAGGUUGAGCGAUCUCCCAGAUGAUAUAGCGCACCGCCUACUCUCCUUCUUACCUACCAAAUCCGUUGCAAGAACGAGUGUUUUAUCUAAAAGGUGGAGAUAUUUAUGGGCUUGUUUUCCUAUCCUCAACUUCUCCCAGGUUUAUGAUCCUUGGAUGACAGACAUUAUAGCAACUGAGGAUAUAAUAUCUGCAGUACUGUCUCGCCGCCAUGAAAACUCUAAUAUAAAGUUUUUUGGUUUUAAGGGUUAUCUGAAAGCUCAAUGGUUGCAUGAUUGGAUUCCUUGGCUGGUGAAGCAUAAGGUUGAAGAACUUGUGCUCCAUAUCUUGUCCGGUACUGGCAUGGUUGAUUUUCCUCGUCCCUUAUUGCAGUGUGAUUCACUGAGGAGUUUCACAUUGGAAGGCAAAUGCCCUUUCCUUCGGUUUUCAUCUUCUUAUGUUAAGGCCACCAGCGGUCUCCCCAACCUUCACACUUUGUCUCUAACUGGCGUGGAAUUCUCGGAAGAUGAUUUAUUUUCGGAUUCUUCAUUCCCUUUCCUUGAGAAAUUGACUAUAGACGAUUGUGUUGGAAUAAUUCAUCUCAAAAUAUGUUGCCUGAAGGUCAAAGAUCUACAAAUUUACAGAAUCAGGAGGAUGAAUAGCCUGGACAUAUCUGGAAUGAGUCUAGAGACUUUGAAAAUCAACAAUUGCUUCAAAGAUAUGCGUGUCAAUGAAUCUUGUGUCAAUGUUUUUGCUCCCAAUCUACAAAGUUUUUGUUGGGUAGGUAGCAACUUUGCUGUGAAAUUUUUGAUUCAGAGCUUUCCGAUCCUCCGGACAGCUCAAAUAAAUUAUCACUUCCCAUUCACUAGAAUAAAGACUCAGUGUGCUGUCAAUCUUUUUUCCGCAUUCUCCCAAGUUCAAAACCUUAGUCUAUACCAUCAGAUCUUUAAGAUUUUAUCAAAUAUAUAUUUUGAACUCGGAGGUCUACCAUGUUCAUUCAAGAACCUCAAGACCUUAUAUAUUAGUACCAGUUUGAGCAAAUCUGAUAUCCCAGGUAUAGCAUGCUUAUUCAAGAGCUCCCCGGUUGUCCACAAACUCGGAAUUCGGAUAUACUCUUCUCGUGGACCAGACAGUGAUGUGGUGAAAAUUCAGAAUCUCAAAGAUAUGAAGCAUGAGGGUGUGAUUAACAUCGCAAGGUUUCUGCUGGAACAUGGAAGGGACUUGCAAGAAAUGAUUUUUGUUCUACAAAAAUACAAAGACUACUAUAUUCCAGUUGAUAUAACGGCUGCUUGGACGAAGGAUGACAUUGGUAAUAGAGGGACUCCCUCAGGGAUCAACUAA